AUGGCGAGUGUACCGCCCCCGAACCCGGUCAGCGUGCCACCUGUUCCCGCAUCCGAUCAGAUUGAGCCGGUCCGUCCACAGACCGCGAAUGGCGAUACCCUUCACGAGAAGGCAGCAAAGUUCCUGGCGGAGCAUGGAGGAGGCGACGCUGCCUUCACCUAUGAGGAGGAAAGGGCCGUUUUGAAGAGAAUCAACUUCCGUCUCCUACCUCUCCUGCUAGGCGCAUACUUCUUUCAGCAACUAGACAAGAGUACUCUUAGUUAUGUCUCCGUAUUCGGCAUCACAGAAGACGCCGGCCUGGUCGGGCGCCAAUACUCAUGGCUCGGCUCCAUCCUCUACAUCGCCCAACUUGUAUGGCAGCCCGCUGCCGCGUUUAUCCUCGUCAAGUUCCCCAACGGAAAGGUCAUCGCCGCCGCCAUCUUCCUCUGGGGCUCAAUGCUCGCCAUCAUGACCUCCUGCACCAACUUCGGCUCGCUUCUCGGUAUGCGAUUCAUGCUCGGCACGUUCGAGGCCAUGAUCGCGCCGUCUUGCUUGUCAGUGACGACGAUGUGGUGGAGACGCAGUGAGCAGACGCUCGUCACGAGUUCCUGGAACGCUAUGAACGGUGUCACUUUCAUCGUGGGCAGUCUGGCGACAUAUGGUUUGGGACACAUCAAGAGCGAUACGCUGUUCUCAUACCAGAUCAUCUUCCUGUUCUGCGGCCUCCUCACCGUGUCAUACUCCUUCAUCGUCCUCAUCCUUAUGCCCGACUCGCCCAUGUCGGCGAAGUACCUCACGGAGAGGGAAAAGGUCAUCGCCGUCGAACGUCUGCGUGCCAACCAGAUGGGUAUGCAGUCCGGUCACUGGCGCUGGGACCACGUUUGGGAGACCUUCAUGGACUUGAAGACGUGGUGCUGGUUCAUCCUCAUCAUCGCCAUCUCCAUUGCUAGCGGCGGUAUCUCCACCUUCGGCAACCUCAUCGUCAAGUCAUUCGGCUACGACAGCUUCACCACCAUCCUCUUCAACAUCCCCUUCGGCGCCAUCCAGAUCUUCGCCAUCAUGGGCAGCGGUUGGCUCGCGACGCGUAUCAAGAGGAAGGGUGUUGUCAUUGCUAUGCUCGCCAUCCCUCCCUCCAUCGGCUCCAUCCUCAUGCUCACCAUCCCCCGUGACCAGAAGGGCGUCUUGCUCUUUGGCUACUACCUCGUCUCCUUCCUCGCUGCCAUCACGCCCAUCAUCUUCACCUGGCAGGUGCAGAACACCGCCGGAGACACCAAGAAGAAGACCACCUCAGCCAUGGUCUUCAUCGGCAUGUGUGUCGGCAACAUCGUUGGGCCGUUGUUAUACUCGGUUGAUGAUGCGCCGCUGUACCGACCGGGCUUGAUCUCAAACCUGGUCAUGUUUGUCCUCGUGGGCAUCUUGGGACUGCUUAUCCCCAUCUACCUCAAGUUCCUCAACAACAAGCACGCCAAGCGCCGUGAGGAGCUCGGCAAGAGCGCUCAGAUUCUCGACGAGUCCAUGUUGCGCAAUAAGGAGGCGGAGACCAGCAAGGCGGUUGAGCUUGAGGGCGACGUGACGCACCAGCAGCACAGGGCUAUUGAGGAGGACAAUGGUCUGCAGGACAUGACUGACCUCAAGAACGAGGACUUUAUCUACGUCUACUAA